AUGGAGGAUAUAUCUGUUCUUAGCCCAAUCUCUCUUCUCACCAUUGCCACCUUCUUGUUCAUUCUCAACCUUAUGAUGAUAAUCCAAGAUUUCUCAUCUUCUUUUCCCUAUUCUCUCCAUCUCUUCUUCUCUAACGCCUACAUUCUCUUCGCAUCAACAAGAAACAAGAAGCUAAAUAUUGAGCUUCCGACAAUAAGGAAAGUUUCCGUCCCAACUCAGGUAGAAAAAAAGAUGUCAAUGGAAGAAGUCAAGAAGAUGAUCGAUGACUCGGAAGCGUUAUACGAGCGUUUAAUAGACGAAGGUGAGGAAUACUUGUUUGAGAAAAGUGAAAUAACGGGUAAGGACAUAGUGAAGAAGGCGUUCACAUUGUUUGAUGAAAAUCAAGAUGGGUUUAUAGAUGAAAAUGAGUUGAAACAUGUGUUGUCUUUGUUAGGAUACAAUGAAUGUACAAAGAUGGAGUGUAGGAAGAUGAUUAGGGUUUUUGAUGAGAAUAGAGAUGGGAAAAUUGAUUUUUAUGAGUUUCUGAAGCUCAUAGAUAAAAGUUUUUCCUAA